UUCUCAAAACUUCCUCCGGUCACCGUUCGUUGCACCGGCGAAAAGGUAAAUAAAUACUAUCUCACCGACGGCGAGGAUUGGUUAAUAGUCAUUUUCAGAAAAAGUUGAGACUUGCGUUAGGAUAAUAUAAAGGAAAAUUGGGGUCAGGUUAUCGUCAGAACCAACGGUUUCUGUGUCGCUGUAUGUGUCGGAAAGUGAAAAGGGGAUACUCUCCAGAGCGAGAGAUGCUUUUGGCUUUUUUUUCUAUUUUUCUAAGUCUUUUUUAAGGGAUUUUGAUUCGGUUUAGCGGUUGUCGGUUAGGGUUCUUAUGGAUUAAACAAAUGAGAUGUUGAACGUCACGCUGGAAAAGGUUUUGGUUCUGGUUUGGUUUCUGUUUUGAUUUACUUUGAAUCAUUGAUCUGUUUGUUCUUUUUCUUAAUUUGUAAUCAAAAGCAAAAUCAUUACUCUGAAUUCUCUGGUUGGAGCUGAGGAUUGUUUGGUGGUUUUUGUAGAGAUUGGUGAUUGGGAGUUGACAGUAGAAAUGGAGGAAGUGAGCGGAGCGAGCGCGUGGACGGAGGAGCUGGCGAGUCUGGUGGAAGACACAGGGAUAAAGUACGCGGGGGAGCCUAUGGGAAUCUCGUCGCCGGCCUUCGGUGCGAGUGAAUCGGAGGUGGUUGACAGAGAUGGAGUGGAAUCUGAGAGUUUGAAGGAUCAGGUCACGGAAUUCUUGAAAUCGUGGUGCGAGAUGGUUAUGGAGCUGGGGAGAGGAUGUAGGGACAUUUUGCAACAGACGGUGGUCACGGAGGAUUCGUUUAUCGUGCAGAAGCUGGGAGGUCCCGUGGCUAAGGUCUCCGGUCGAUUGAGAUUCUUGAAUGAAUUCUUGCCGGAGGAUCGCGAUCCUGUUCACGCCUGGCCGGUGAUCUUCUUCGUUUUCAUCCUCGCGCUAAUAGCAUUGAAUUUGAAUGGUGGGAACGAUAGCUUGGUACUGCCUGUGAAGAAGGUGCGCAUUCAUCCUCCUAGCGCAAGUCACAUACUCCUUCCAGAUGGGAGACGCAUGGCUUACCGUGAAUUAGGUGUUCCGGCAAACAGUUCAAGAUUUUCCCUAAUUUCUCCUCAUUCUUUUCUCUCUUCCCGGCUUGCAGGUAUUCCAGGAGUUAAAACAUCACUGCUUGAAGAGUUUGGUGUUCGAUUGGUCACAUUUGAUCUUCCUGGAUUUGGGGAGAGUGAUCCUCAUCCUAGCAGGAAUCUUAAUUCAUCUGCGUUUGAUAUGCUGUAUCUAGCUGAUGCUGUUGGUGUUAAUGAUAAAUUCUGGGUGCUGGGUUACUCAAGUGGAAGUAUGCAUACUUGGGCUGCACUGAGAUAUAUUCCUGACAGAAUUGCAGGUGCUGCGCUGUUGGCCCCUAUGGUUAGUCCAUAUGAGCCAAGCAUGACAAAAGAGGAAAUGAAAAGAACUUGGGAGGGGUGGUUACCAAAAAGAAAAUUAAUGUAUUUCUUGGCACGAAGAUUUCCUAAAUUGCUGUCUUUUUCCUAUCGCCGUAGCUUCCUAUCAGGCAAACAUGGUCGAAUUGACAAGUGGAUGCCUUUAUCCCUUGGAAGAAAGGUAUGGAUUUGACAGGCAGAAUGCAAAUUGACAGGUUUUCUAGGCCCAAUACAUAUGUGGCAGGGGAUGGAUGAUCAAGUUGUUCCACCAGCAAUGACAGAUUACAUAAGCCGGCCCCUACCAAGAGCCAUCAUGCACAAGCUUCCAAAUGAAGGCCACUUCUCUUAUUUCUUUCUAUGUGAUGAGUGCCAUAGGCAGAUAUUUUCUACACUUUUUGGAAGUCCUCAAGGGCCUCUUGAACAGGCAGUGAAAAUGAGUGAAACUUCCUCGGAUGGAGACACUGAAAAGCGAGCGUCAAAUGUCGCUUCUGCAAAAGAAUGAUACAAUUCACCACGAAUUUACAAAGAUUUUUUUUUCUUUGCUCUUUUUGCCCAUAUUCUUAUGUAAAUACCACAGGUUGCUCUAUAACUCAAGGGAGCGGGAAAGAUAGUCUCGAAAAUUUCGGACGUUAAGCACUUUUAAGGUGAGAUGAUACAGGGUGGCAGGCAGAAAAUUUAGCAAUAUACUCUUAACAAGGAGAUGCAUUCUCACUAGUUUCUCUAAAUUCCAAGAUUUUGUCCUUUUUUGGUAUUGAGGACAGGGGAUUCGAACUACGUACCUUAGACCCAUGCGUUGUACCUUUAAAGAUACAAGUUCAGGUGCUAGUAAUAUUUUGCCUUUUUAACCCUGCUGGAUUAGUUAACGUUGUAUUUGGCAGUUAUCUGUGUAGAGCAGGACGAUAAUUAAGAAGCAGGUGAUAAACGUCAUCUUUCUUG